GCGAGAAUCAUCCAGGUGUAUAAAACGGGAGCAGAACUGAAGGCGAGCAAGAACAGACAGAUAGAGGCAGCCUGGAUCAGCAGAGGUGGUUCUACAAACAGCUGUUAAGGAUCAGGAGCUGAAGACCCGAAGAAAACAACUUUCUGCAGAACAAAUGUGUAAAGCGAUGGUUCAACGGACCGGCCCUCACCUGCUUCUCCUAAUAGCCCUGUGCAGUGUGUUAUACUCCCGGACUCUGAGCCUACCUUACACAUCAAUGAGACCGACGAGGCAUGCAGAUGGUUUGUUCACCAGCGGAUACAGCAAACUCCUGGGACAGCUGUCAGCGCGGAGGUACCUGGAGUCUCUGAUCGGGAAGCGGGUCAGCGAUGACCUGAUGGAGGAGCCGGUGAAGCGCCACUCAGAUGCCAUCUUCACAGACAACUACAGCCGCUUCCGGAAACAGAUGGCGGUCAAGAAGUACCUAAACUCUGUCCUAACGGGGAAAAGAAGCCUAGAAGAUCCUGGAACCACCGAACCAGAGGAGUCCAGAGAAGAACCAAACACUUUCCAGGAGAGCUAUGAUGACAUCAAUGUAGACCAUCUCCUUAACAACUUUCAGCUGCCACUUUGAGGAGGGGUCCGCGCUCCGAUGAAUACCUCAACUCAUCCUAUAAAAUGCUACAUACAAAAAAUAAAAUAAAUGCAGUUUAAAAAAAUGCACACACAUAGUAUUUAAUGCAAAGGACAUUGAGAGCGGGAAUAAUUAACAAUGACGUAUUUUUCGAUGUGGCUGUUUAUUUAUCCAUCUACACAGUAUGUGUUUAAACUGUAUAUACACAGUAUGUAUUCAGGCAAUGGUAAUAGACUGCAUACUACACUGAGCAACUGGUGUGUCUUUUGGUUGGUAAGAAGUUGCUACAGUGUGAAAUGGAAGUUUGAUGGAAGGGAUAUAUUCUACCUUUGUUUUUAGGUUUCAAUCUUCAAGUAACAUCAAAAUAUUUUUUUCCCUAAAGCUUCUGAGAAGUUUGUACCAUCAACAUUAAAGUAAAAGUUUUUUUUAUUUAUGUUUUUUUUGUUUUUGUUUUAAUGCACACAACAUCCUUUUUUUCAGAGAGGAUUCCCAAACUGCAAAGUUAAAAGUAAGUGGAAUUUGGAGGCAUUCGAUUACUAUGUCCUGAUGUUAAGCAGGACAGAAAGUCCCAUGAUCUUUCAUUUCUAUUUUGAAAAAGAAAAAAUAUGAAAAGCACACAUUUUGCCUUUAUCAUGAACUUGCUGUGCUUCCUGGUUCUCUUAAAAUGUAAAAAAAAAGAAA